AUGGCUGCUAAUGCUGUGGAUCGUUUUGGCCCUAAGUUGGUGGACAAGGCCGACAAAAUCCAGCAACGAGUAAGCACUGGGGACAACUCGCAGCCCGCUGGCGGUUUUGAUUCAACACCUAUUCCGCACGCUCCGCCUGGGUACACUAUCAAGUUCACCUUCCAUCGCGGGGUGGACCUCCCCUUCGCAGAUAUCGGCAGCUUCUCGUCGGAUCCUUUCGUCUUUGCCCGCCUCGACGUUGAUCUGCCUCGCCGUCAUAAGCAGGAUCCUCCAGUGACAUUUCGAACCCCAACGAUACACAAGGACAAGAACCCGGUCUGGAACUGUGAAUGGAUUGUUGCUAAUGUGCCAGCCUCGGGGUUCAAGUUGAAGGCACUUGUGUUUGACGAAGAUCCCGCCGACCACGAUGAUAAGCUGGGGCUGGCGACCAUCGAGGUCCCCUCUCUUUCGGAGAAUUGGUCGAAUAUCAAAGAGCAGCCAUUCAAGGUCAAGCAUCGCUUCGCUAGCAAGCGGGUCUACGUCCUGACCAAUAUCUCCAAGGUCACUGGUCAUCACAAAGAGUCGUUCCUCUACAUGAGCAUUGAAUGUCUGGGGAAGACUCCAGGCAACGAAGGGGGCCAGAUGUAUACUGUGGGCCCCAAUCUCUGGUUCAAGCACUUCUCCCCUCUCAUUGGGCGCCUGGCAGGUGUGAAGGAUGCAGUUCAGAGCGAGGAUGGAAGUGGCAAGGAGAUCAGCCGUUACAAUGUUUCCGUUGAUGCUGACAAAGUGCCCACUACGGCCAGUUUCCAAGCUAUUCAAAUGCAGUUAACUGGACCCGUCCCCUCGGAGAUGUACCACCGCUACGUGGAGUUCAAGCCUUUCGUGGCGGGCAUGUUCCAGGCGCAAAGCUUGCGAGGUCGGAUUCUACACAAGGCGCUCCAUCACCAGCACCAGCGCAUCUACAACUUUGAUCGCUCCACGCUAUGUGGUACUUUCCCGAAGCCCUGCCGGGAAAUGACUCAAAAGUUCCUGGAGUUUGUCCAGCACGGCCAGGGCGGACGGAUCUUCACCUACGUACUCAUGUUGGAUGGACAGUUCCGAUUCACCGAGACUGGCAAGGAAUUCGGAAUUGACCUACUGAGCAAACACACCAUGCACAGUGGUGUGUCGAGCUAUAUCGCGUUCUCAGGCGAGUUCUUUGUCCGCCGUCGGAGACACCGUCGCCGCCAUCGCUCUCGCUCGCAGUCCCCUACAUCGCGUCCCUCAACAUCGCAUACUUCCACCGAGUUCCCCGUCGAAGAGGACGAUGACGAAGAUCAUUCCAAAGAGGUCCAGGAGGUCUCGACCGAACCGGCGGACUAUGAGCUCUUCAUCGACAACGAUAGCGGUACCUAUCGACCGAAUGCGAAGCUCUUGCCGUUGUUGAAGAAGUUUUUCUCUUCAAACUUCCCGGGCCUUCAUGUCACGACCUUGGACUGCAACGGCGAUGCAGAGCGAAUGGGACAGCUCAAGGAAGAGCAGCGCGAGUUUAAGAGAAAGCAGGGCCAGCUCAUCACAUACCUACAGCAGAGCAGUGCCUCGUCCCUGUCCAUCUCCAGCUCGGAGGAAGACGAGCUGAAUGAGCGCAGUGAAAGCGGCAAACAGCGAAGCGACCUAUCCCGCCGAGUUCAUGAGAUGCGCGAUGUCAAGGGCAAGAUGAUGCGAUGGGUGGAACACGAUGGCCACGCCGAUCAGCCUAAGCAUCGCUACAUUGCCGGGCGCGAUCGAGCUGCGUCGCUGGGAGAGGUUAAACAACCUCGCAAGCCUUCGUCCACGGUAGACUCGGCGGUCUAG